GACGGACUCAUCGCCGAAAGACAUCUCGCCGAGCCACAGACACGGCACCGAGCAGCGAGACGAUGAUGGAUGGAGCGGUGAGGAAGAGGACGAGGGCGUUGGCGUUGGCGUUGAGGGCUCGAGAAAGCGGAAGCGACCGAUGAGCGUGAGCUGUGAGAUGUGCAAGACGAGAAAGGUGAAAUGCGAUCGUGGUCAUCCAUCUUGUGGAUGGUGCGUCCGAAAUCAACAAAUAUGCGAGUACAAGGAAAGAAAGAAACCUGGCUUGCGAGCAGGUUAUGGCCGAGAACUCGAGUCUAGACUUGACAAACUCGAAGAUGUCCUGAGCAGCCAGCAACAGGUUCUACAGCAACUUGCUAGCCAUCUGCCUGGAUUUCAAGCGACCGCAUCUCCAGUCAGCCAACAUGGCCAACAUAGCCAUGUCCAGAAUGCUCCGAUGACGCAGGCAGCAACGUUCAUCCAGACUCCCGAAGCAUACCAUUCCGCCGGCCCAGUAUAUCAAAAUCGAUACACGUCCCAGUCGGACGACGUCAAUCGAGAGCGGCACCAGAGUCACGCCUCGCAACAAUCCAUACACUUGCCGAGUGCCUCUACCGCGGAACUCUAUACGCCAAACAAUCCGCCUCUCGAGUCUCCCAGCUUGAACAUUGCUGCUCCAUCUCACGAUGCUGCUUUGAAGGUCGUCUCGCAGGACCAGGAUUUUCCGCCGUACGACCUGUUGUAUGCUUUGACAGAUCUCUUCUUCAAGCACAUCAACACGUGGUGUCCGAUACUCCAUCGACGAAGCACAUUGGACUCGCUCUUCGGUGCAAAUGCGUUGGAAGAAGCAGAUCGUAUAUUGCUGCACGCAAUUGUGGCAACGACUCUGCGAUUCUCCUCUGACGCUCGUCUCACCGAUUCAGUCCGUGAACGGUAUCAUGCCACUUCGAAGCAGAAAGUUCUCCUUUAUGGGUUGGAGAACAGCUCUGUCAAAGCACUUCAGGCUCUUGUCAUUCUUGCCCUCGAAUGUAAAAAUGGUCCACCUGGCUGGAAUUUGCUUGCCUUGAUCACAAGAAGCGUGGUCCAGCUUGGGCUGGCGGUAGAGACUACAUCAGCAUCCAUUGCUCCACUCUAUCCGUCGAUCUACACUUUGCGGGCGAACGUCCUUCCCGAACCGAAAUCAUUCAUCGAAGACGAAAGUCGAAGAAGGCUGUUCUGGAUGGUCUUCCUUCUCGAUCGUUAUGCAACCAUUGCCACCGCUUUCGAAUUCGCUCUGCGAGAUGAAGAGAUCGAUCGCAAAUUGCCUUGCAGAGACGAUCUUUUCGCUCGCGACCAAGCUGUGGAGACUCGCUGGUUCCAGACCACGGAAGGAGAACAGCACACACUCAUCGAGAUGAACCAUCCCGAGAAUCUGGGUUCUUUCAGCUACUACAUCGAGAUUGUCGGCAUUCUGUCCCAGAUUCAUCGCUUUCUCAAGAAGCCAGUCGACAUCAGCGCUCUCUCCGACGUCGAGAAAUGGCAACAGGAGUACCGUCACCUCCACGCCAAGCUCAAUCAGUGGAAACACGGGCUUCCAAGCGAGUACGGCAACAUGUCACGCCUGUUCAAUCCAAACGGAGGCAACGUCAAUUGCAUUUGGAUCAUGCUUCAUAUCACAUACCAUACCACCGUAAUCCGCCUGCACUCCUCCGCCGCCUAUCCCACCACUCGCUCUCCAAUCUUCACCCCCUCCUACUCCGCCGCGCAACGCUGCCAGACUGCCGUUGAAGACAUCUGCUCGCUCUGCUCCUACGUUCGUACCAACAGCCUGCUAACCAAGCUCGGCCCGCCCUUCGCCUUCUCACUCUGGGUCGCCGCACGCCUCCUCCUCGUGCACGGCUCGACCAUCGACCACGCUUUCAAUGUCUCCCUCCUCCCACUCGUCGACACGCUCCGCGAAAUGGGCGCACAGUGGAAAGUCGCAGAGCGGUACGCCACACUGCUACAGCGUGUCAUCGACGAGUUUCACGAAAGCGAGCGGGCUCCUGUCGGAGCGAAUGGAGUGAGAGAGACGCCGUCGACUGUCAGAAUCCUGGCGGAUAUGAGACGGUGCGCGUAUGAUCUUGAUUUCCUCAUCAGUCGGCAGCCUCGACAGCAAUUCGGCAGCAAACAGGUGAGCGCCACGCCGAGGACGAGGACGCCGGCGCCGAACGAAUUGGAGUAUCUAGAUGUGUUUGACUUUUUCAACAUGCCACGGUUACCGGAUGUGAACUCCAACGGGGUCGCAGCGGGUGCGAAUGGCGAUGGGAGUGGUCUUGUGCCGGAGUAUCAGUCGUUUAUGGAUUAUCAGCCGAUGGUGGAUGGCGGUGUUGGGACAGAUUGGCUUGUACAGUGA